CAUAGCAGUUGUCAUGCGUUUACUAACGCAUUAAGUAAAUAAAUGCAUUACUUUGCUAGUGCCAUAGUCCAGAAAUGGUAGAAGUCCUGCUAUCUACUUCAAUGUCUGUGAAAAAAUAAAAUCCUGUAAUUCAGCAGCAUGCUCAUUUUGGUCAGCACCAGGGGUUCUUCUCUCACGUCCAGCUGCAAAGAACCAACCAGUGGUCUCACUAAAGCUAAUUCUGCAGAAUAAAUGAAAUUGUUACCCUUUCUUUUAAUGUUAAUAAUGACAGAAGAAGUGUUCAGUGGUUAUGAUGUGAAUAGUCCUCCAGCUAUGCAAACCCUUUCCAUCCACUUCCUCCUAUUCCAGCCAAGUUUUAAAGCUAUAACACCAUGAUAGGUCCUGACUCUCACCCUAUUCUCCAUUUCUUUCCCCCAGGGAGAACAGAGGAUUUUCAUUCUUAGCCUGUUGCACCCUGUCCCUCAGAAAGAAAAAUCCCUUGUUCCUGCUUUACUUACAAGAGCUUUCUUAAAAAGUAAACUAUCAUUCAUCCCAAAUCCCAGAGGUUUUCUUGGUUUUCUUCCCACAAAUGAAAGCAAGCACCUUUGUCUCUUCCAAACAUUGUUUCUCAUAGGAAUUUUCGCUAGAUUGCUGACUGAUAAGGUGAGGGCCAGGAGUGCAUUUUUGUCUGAUGCUCUACUAACUCCUGCUCUGCAUUACCUUGUCCCGUGGUUUGAUGUGAAAAGAAAACUUUGGCGGGGGAUGUGAAACAUCUGUAUUUCUUGGGGUGGUUAAUAGACAGGGUGUUGCCUCCAGGUUACUGUGGCAUCAAUGGAUUGGCACAUCCAGGAACAGCUGCUUUGCACUCCUGGUUUCUUUCUCUCAUGUAGGGUUUGUGCAGAGGUACAGACUCUUGAACUCAAAUAACACUUUAGAAUACUUUCUCUCUCGUAGAUAUCAUUACCUAUGUAUAAACUCUGCAACUCUCGCUCCCUCAAGUUCGGCUGACCCUCAGCUCAGCCUGUCCUAAACUCACACGCAGCAGGUCCCAGAUACCAGCCCAAAGGGCCGUGGAGCCACAGGCAGAUGGGGAUCUUGGUAGCAAAUCUGGGACUGGUCUGAAAGCCCUGAGACUGUGGCUUUGACCAUUUACUCAAGCAAAUUCUUCCUCAAUUACUUUCUAUUCCAAAUAGGGCUCAGAAAAAUCAUUAUUCCAAUCCUCCUGAUCUCUGAUGAAGAGCAUAAAAGGGAACUAUCACUCAUUUACAGCCAGUCCUUCCCAAAACGCACAAACUUGCUGUGUUAUUUACCAAGAGGAGGAGAUGUAAACAUCGAAGGUUAAUCACCCUUUUGUCACGAACACUUUGCGGUCUGUAGACAUAUCUGUCAAUCUUCUGAAACAGAACUGAGGGCAGCGAGCACUGAAGGCAUGUUUCUAUAAUAAAUUAAUGAGACGUGGCAGCUCACUGUGAAAAGAUGAUCCCUGUGCUUCAUGGGAGAUUGCAACCUGUCUCCCCAGCCAGCCUUGCCCUCGCCUCCCUACGGUAGCUGCAUCUGGGAUGCUUAUCCCUCUGUAAACAAGCUCUCAAAUGCAGAUGUCCAGGGGUCAAGUGAUCUCCUUGAGGCCUCUGUAUUCCUCUUUGCUGUUCGGUAGCAUGUAGCAAUUACUCACUCCAACCAUACUGAAUUACUUUACCCAGUUCUGCUAGUUAGUCAAUUAAAAUAUCUUAGUUCUGCCUAUAAGCCUCUCUUGGCAAUGACACUCUGGUGGCUCACGUAGCUGUCUGAAAUUCAAGGGACACAGCCACAAUCCCCCUGCCGUGUGCUAUUCUGGUGAUGUGCGUGCCGCUAGAUGACUGGUAGCUUGAAAAUGCCUCCUCUGCUGUCCUUUGGAGAUGUGUUCAACUGUUCUCUUGGUUUAUAUAACCUCAAAGCAAUUUGCUUUCAUGGCGGAACAUGUUUAUUCAUUUUAUUUUAACUGUGCAUUGAGCUAUAAAUAACAUCUUCUUGCAGAUAAGAAUCUAUUGACUUUCUAAAUUUCCUUUCCCACCUUUGGAAGCUUUUAUCCUGGCCCCAGCUUCUGAAGGAGGCUUUCCCAGCCUUAGCAGUGAAGUUGUCAGAUUGACUUUCUCCUGCCAGGCAGCCAUGAACAGCAUCAAUCCCAGAUUGGCUAAUACUGUCCUGCAGCAACCUCCUCAUUGUUCCUGCUUCAGCUGUGGCAAAGAUGAAAUGAGCACUCAGAGAUGCACAGCUGAGAUCACUGCAGUGUCAGGAAAAUGGAUUAAGCCAAUGAUUUCGUCUUCCCCUGACCAACCACAGGAUAACACCUCCUGCUUUAUCUCCAACCCACCUUCCCUGCAGUAUGUUCACUUUGAAGAGUAAUAGCCCAGGCUGUUGUCCAGCCAAAUGUUCUGCUUUUUAGUGCCUCCUGUUGCUCAUUCUAGUGUUUUCAUGCUCUUGCGUGAGUAACUCCUUCUGCAACCUGACAGCCUCAUCACCCAGAUCUUGAGCACAGGACGAGCCAGUGAAGGUGAAAAGUGCAGAUCUCUGCCCUCAUGCUGGAUUCUGCACACACGAGGAUUUCCCUUCAGCCAAAUGGUCAUUAGCCAUAUGCUGCAUCUGUCUUUGAGGAUUAGAAGACCGUAACAAAGUGGAUUACGGCAUGAGAUCAGUGGCAGGAUUGCAGACCAAAUCCUCUUUCUAACUGUUCUUCCAGGAGUAGCUAAGAACUGAGCAACCUGUCCUCCAGCACGAGCUUAACCAGCUGUGGGAUUUUCCACACUGUUAUCAGAGGAAGGAUAACGUGGAGCUGGAACCCUGGUGAGCCUUGGACGGACCAUCUCAUAAGCAGAGCAGGAGCACGUAGCCUGCGUUCUAGAGAAAAUACUUCCAUCAUGACCACGGCAGGUGUUUUUGUGCUCCUCUCCUUUACGCUUUGCAGCUUCCCAGAUGCUGCCUUUGGGGUUGAGGUGGAUUGCAGUCCAUAUCCCAACACUACGAAUGAGGAAGGCAAAGAGGUAUUGGUCUGCAACAAGAUCCUCAGCCCCAUCUGCGGUACCGAUGGAGUCACCUACAGCAAUGAGUGCCUGCUCUGUGCUUACAACUUAGAAUAUGGAACUAAUAUCAGCAAAGACUACGAUGGAGAAUGCAAGGAAGUUGCUCCUGUGGACUGCAGUAGACAUCCCAACACAACAAAUGAGGAAGGCAAAGUGGAGUUGCUCUGCAACAAAGACCUCAACCCCAUCUGUGGUACUAAUGGGGUAACCUAUGACAACGAGUGCCUGCUGUGCGCCCGUAACCUAGAGUCUGGAACCAGUAUUGGCAAGAAAUACGAUGGUGAAUGUAAGAAGGAAAUUGCUACAGUUGACUGCAGUGACUACCCUAAACCUGUCUGCACACUUGAGGAGAUGCCUCUCUGUGGCUCUGACAACAAAACAUACGGCAAUAAGUGUAACUUUUGCAAUGCAGUGGUGUAUGUACAAAACACGGAUCAUAUUCAUGUUAUCGGUUGUCUCCUAUAGCACAAGUUUGCAGAGUUGACACUUUCUUGUUCACUGAUCAGUAUUUAUUAGGGAUUUGGGGCAGAAGAUAAUACCAGCCAUCAUGGCAACCUUUCAUUUAAUUUGAUUAUAAUAUACAAAGAGCUGUGUAGUUUGUUAGUGUGAAUGGUUUGAAGACCAUUAAAGUUAAUGGAGUUUUUCUUGCAUGUUGCAAAGAAAAUUAAAGUUGAAGUUUCAUUAUAGUUUUCGCCAAAAUAUUUUCAGUCUUAAGGAUGGGUUACAUCAUUUCCGUCAUCUCAAUAAUCAAAUAGCUGAUGGCACUAUGAGUUGUUAAUUUCUUUGGCUCUGACAGGAUUCUAUCUGAUAACAUCUCAAGGAGCCAAGCAAAGGGUCAGAUUACAGCAGGCAGGACUCUGUGUC